AUGGAGAGCUCGUCUCUCGAAUCCGCCGCCAAGCCUGGCAUCCUUGUCCGCGUCCUCUCUGAGCUCGGCCUCGUGUCUCUCUUCCACAGCCCUCUCGACGUCAAACUGCUCUGCCUGCAGCGUUUUGUGCGCCUCUUUGCCUAUGGAGGGUCGACACUCGUCUUGGUGCCGUAUCUGCAGGCUCUGGGCAUCUCCAAGACCAACAUCGGCCUGUUCAUGACCCUGACCUUGGUUGGCGAUGUCUGCAUCAGCUUCAUACUCACAAUCGUCGCAGAUGGGCUGGGGAGAAAGGCCAUUCUGUCCAUGGGCGCUUUGAUGGUGGUGGGCAGCGGCGUCACCUUUGCGCUCUGCCAAAACUAUUGGAUAUUACUUGCAGCAGCCAUAUUUGGCGUUAUCAGUCCGAGUGGCAAUGAGAUUGGUCCCUUCCGGGCUAUAGAAGAGAGCGUGGUUGCGCAUCUAACGGAGUCUGCUUCCAGAAGCGAUGUCUAUGCAUGGUACAGCCUGCUUGGCCAGGCUGGAGUGGCCUGUGGGCUCAUAACUUGCGGAUGGGUUAUUCAAUACGUUUCCACUAGCCUCCAGUGGGAGCAUGUGGACGCCUACCGACUUGCUUUCCUUGGAUAUGCUGCCGUUGGCCUGAUCAAGCUGACGCUUACUCUGCUUCUGAGCGCUGCUGUCGAGGCCGAUGCAAAGGCUUCUACCACAAAGAAGAUGGCUAUAUCCAGCGAGGCUGGCAGCACAGAGGCAUCGCCACUUUUAGGCAGUGCCAACGCCAAUGGAGCAACCGAGCAACGAGCGGGCCGCAGUCGGCUUUUGAGCCUUCUCCCCGAUAUCAGCAGAGAAGGCUAUGCCAUGAUGACAAGCCUAUGUUUCUUUUUUGCUAUAGACUCUUUGGCUUCCGGUAUUAUUAGCAUGUCUUGGGUGACUUAUUUCUUCCGCUGGCGCUAUGGCAUCAAGGAGGGUAGCUUAGGGUCCAUCUUUUUCGUGACAAGCAUCACUUCAGCUUGCUCUAUGCUGGUCGCCUCUUCCCUGGCCAAACGAUUUGGCAAUAUCAAGACCAUGGUCUUCACCCACCUUCCUUCGUCUGUAUUCCUCAGUCUCAUUCCCGCCUUCCCCGACGUACGCCUCUCCCUCCUUUUCCUGUGGCUUCGUUCCUCCACCGCAAGCAUGGAUGUCGCUCCCCGGGCGGCCUUCCUAGCUGCCGUCAUCAAGCCAAGCGAACGGACGGCAAUCAUGGGGGUCAUCAAUGUGUGCAAGACGGUCGGCGCCAGCUUGGGUCCCUUCCUGACGGGUACACUGGCAGAUCAUGGCUUGUUCUGGGUCGCUUUCGUAACGGCCGGUUGUCUCAAGGUUGGGUACGACCUGGGCAUACUGGCAGUCUUUAAGAACCACGAGAGACACUCGGCUGAGAGAGAAAAUGGACGUGUGGAGACGAAUGCUACUGCGUAA